AUGGAUGCGGAGCUGGAGUUCGCGAUUCAGCCGAGCACCACUGGUAAGCAGCUGUUCGAUCAGGUCGUCAAAACCGUGACAGCACAGGACGUAAAGAAGGAACAAACACUAUUGUUCAAAUUUCGUGCCAAAUUUUAUCCGGAAGAUGUUCAGGAAGAAAUUAUUCAGGACAUUACUCUUAGACUGUUCUAUUUGCAAGUGAAAGAUGCUGUGCUUUCGGAUGAAAUUUAUUGUCCGCCGGAAACAUCAGUUCUACUUGCAUCGUAUGCCAUGCAAGCGAAAUAUGGCGAUUACAGUCCGGAUACGCACAAACCUGGUUGUCUUACGUCGGACCGGUUGUUGCCGCAAAGGGUUAUUGGCCAAUUCAAAUUGAGUCCAGAAGAGUGGGAAAAGCGUAUAAUGGUUUGGUGGGCCGACCACAAGAACACGAACAGAGAGCAGGCAAUGAUGGAAUAUCUGAAGAUAGCGCAGGAUCUCGAGAUGUAUGGCGUUAACUAUUUCGAAAUUCGCAACAAAAAAGGAACGGAGCUGUUCUUGGGCGUCGACGCUCUCGGCCUCAAUAUUUAUGAGAAGAACGAUCGCCUGACGCCGAAAGUUGGCUUCCCAUGGUCCGAAAUACGUAACAUAUCAUUCAAUGACAAGAAAUUUGUUAUCAAACCAAUCGACAAAAAAGCAAAUGAAAUGAGUGCACGUGAAGCAGCUGAGCAAAAACAACGGGAAUACGAAGAAAGGAUGGAAAGAAUGCGAGAAGAAAUGGAACGGGCACAGCGUGAACUCUCAUACGCACAAGAUACAAUAAGACGCCUUGAACAGCAACUUCAUGAGCUACAGCUGGCCAAGGAGCAACUGGAAGCAAAGGAAGAGGAACUGCGUAUGCUGAAUGAGCAGCUGAAAUCAGAGCGCGUGAUGAGUGAGGAGGAGCGUGAACGCCUGGUGAUUGAGGUGCGAAAACGAGAGAUGCAAGUGGCCGAAAUGCGCGAACAGGUUGAAUCGAAAACCGAAGAAACAAACCGACUGCAACGUGAAGUGGAGGAAACACGGGCUCGUCAUGAACGUGAAAAUAGCCGCAAUGUAAAUGCGUUCAACGUCAAAGAAAUGGAUAUGGAUGAUAAUGCAAGUGAAAAUGGACAACUUGCAACAGGUAUGCCAAGUUUUCCUGGGCCAAGAAAAAUGUUUGGAAAAAAAUUACUGCUCCAUAGAAAAUAG